CAGCGCUGGAGGACCUGAGGGAAGCCGGGUUACACUGAUGUCCCGCCCGUUUGGCGUCCGACUAGAAAAUGGGAGCGUGUCGGGCUCUUUAAAAAUCACAGACACUCCUUCCGGGAACGACAAGACUUUAAAGAGAAACUGUGUAGUUGCAUUUUAUCAGACUUGCCAAAGAUGCGUGUGCGUGCGUAGCAAUGACGGGCGACUCUCUCCCGCCCCAUAGUGGUUUCUGUGGAAUAGAAAGGAGUUUGUAGGACAAGAAGGAAAAUAUUUAACGACUUGUGGAGAGAAAUGACCCCUCCCACUGGCUUCGAAGAGAAUGCGAGUGUUGGUAUCGCUGUGACUAUACUGCUCACCCCUGUCACAAGGGAUUGGAUCCUUUUUGAAGUGAGUUCACUGCACCCCAAAACUUGACAUCGAUAAAUGCAAGGUUUGAGUCUCCUGGAAGAGGCUGGCCAGCGGCGGCGGCGGCGGCGGUAUCAGGUUCAAGUGCUGGUGUCACAUUCACCGUGGAGCCAGAACUGAUUUGAAAUCACAGCAGCCUGGGCUUUCAUAAGCCAGAUCCCCCUUAUGGAGUCCUAGGGUGCACCUCGCAAAAUCAGAGGAGGCUGGACGAGUAAGAGAUGUUUGGAUUCGUCUGCUCCAGCUUCCUUUUGAAGAUCGGGAAACUGAGGCCCUAAGAGGAGUGGCCUGGGGAACAAAACCCAAAAUCUACUUAGCCCGUCUAGUGAUUCUCCAUUCGGAAUGAUUGAUAAUAGAUGUCAAGUAUACAAAACAUUGAGACAGAAUAUUUAAACUCCAGAUUUCUUUGACAGUCUGACCUACAGUUACCCCAGCUUGGGACACAAGAUGACGUGAAUGCACUGUUGCUCCCUGAACUCACGACUUUAACCUCUGGGUAAUGGCUGUUCCCACGCUAUCUAGCAACAUAAGCCAACUAGAUUCAACAGAUAUGUGUUGAACUCUAACACAGUGAUAGGAUUUGUGGAAACUAGUAAACAAGAUGGAAACAGCCCCAGUUUUCCAGGCAUGUGACAUCUAAUAAAUGAUUCAAAUAAGUAAACUGAUGGUAAAACAAAAUAGAACAAGAAAAUACCCAAUGUGGGAGUUCCCUUCGUGGCUCAAUGGUUAAUGAACCCAACUAGGCUCCACAAGGAUGUGGGUUCGAUCUCUGACCUCCUUCAGCGGGUUAAGGAUCUGGUGUUGCCGUGAGCUGUGGUGUAGGUCGCAGAAGCAGCUCGGAUCCCACGUGGCUGUGGCUGUGGCAUAGGCCGGCAGCUGUAGCUCUGAUUCGACCCCCUAGCAUUGGUAACCUCAUAUGCCAUGGGUACGGCCCUAAAAAGCAAAAAAAGAAAAAGAAAAGAAAAAGGAAAAAAACCCAAUGUGAUAGUGCUCUGCAGGUAGAGCUUCAGUCACUGCCAACAUGAGUAAGAAAUAGGAACUAUGUAACCCCAAUCACCCUCACCCAGGAGACCAAGAGAAACAUUCAGGAGACCCCUCCCCUUGACCCAUGUAUUGCCGGCAACUCAGGAAGGGAGGAGACGCCUGCAGAAUUGAACGGCUUUAAGGAAGACACUCUGGAUUGAAGGGGAUACUCAGCUCAGGCAGGCUAUUAGGUGGCUGGGGAGUGGUGUGUUGCAAGGGGCUUUAAAGAGAGCAUGAAGCAGCUGGUGAGCCGGGAUGAAGAUGCAGCAUAAGAGGAUGGAACCGAAACGAUAGACAGAGUGCAGAUAAAACAUGAGUCCUAGAGGGCCCUAGCCAGCUGCAUCCCAGGCAAUCAGGAGCCUGGGAUUGGAGACCCCACCCCUACCAUGACAUCACAGGGGAGUGGGGUGGAGACGAACAAAAAGGGGGUCCCCCGCCCUGGCCUUGGACUCUUGGCAGCUCAGAGUGUCAAGAGCAGAGAGGAGCUGGGCACUGGGCUUAGGUGCCUGACUUAAAGGAACAGCCUGCCCUUUCCUUGAGCCCCUCUAAGCUGCCCCCUCCAGACCUUGAUCUCUGUCUCCCCAUCUGAUGACCUCUCCCUCCUGAGGCCACCACUGGGUCCCUUCUGAGGGGUCAUUCUCAGCAUGAACUGCAUCUCAGAUUUCUUCACCUACGAGACCACCAAGUCUGUGGUUGUGAAAAGCUGGACCAUUGGGAUCAUCAACCGAGCAGUUCAGCUCCUGAUCAUCUCCUACUUUGUGGGGUGGGUUUUCUUGCACGAGAAGGCGUACCAGGUGCGGGACACAGCCAUUGAGUCCUCGGUGGUGACCAAGGUGAAGGGCUUUGGACGCUAUGCCAACCGAGUCAUGGACGUGUCUGAUUAUGUGACCCCACCCCAGGGCACCUCUGUCUUCGUCAUCAUCACCAAGAUGAUCGUAACGGAAAACCAGAUGCAAGGAUUCUGCCCAGAGAGCGAGGAGAAGUUCCGCUGUGUCUCAGACAGCCAGUGUGGGCCCGAGCGCUUCCCAGCUGGGGGGAUCCUCACGGGCCGCUGCGUGAACUACAGCUCUGUGCUCCGGACCUGUGAGAUCCAGGGCUGGUGCCCCGCGGAGGUGGACACGGUGGAAAUGCCUGUCAUGAUGGAAGCCGAGAACUUCACUAUUUUCAUCAAAAACAGCAUCCGUUUCCCCCUCUUCAACUUUGAAAAGGGAAACCUCCUUCCCAACCUGACGGCCGCAGACAUGAAGACGUGCCGCUUCCACCCCGACAAGGCGCCCUUCUGCCCCAUCUUGCGGGUGGGGGAUGUGGUCAAGUUCGCGGGGCAGGAUUUUGCCAAACUGGCCAGCACGGGCGGAGUUCUGGGCAUUAAGAUCGGUUGGGUGUGCGACCUGGACAAGGCCUGGGACCAGUGCAUCCCCAAAUAUUCAUUCACCCGACUUGACGGCAUUUCUGAAAAGAGCAGCAUCUCCCCUGGCUACAACUUCAGGUUUGCCAAGUACUACAAGAUGGAGAACGGCAGCGAGUACCGCACGCUCCUGAAGGCUUUCGGCAUCCGCUUCGACGUGCUGGUGUACGGGAAUGCCGGCAAGUUCAACAUCAUCCCCACCAUCAUCAGCUCCGUGGCAGCCUUCACCUCCGUGGGUGUGGGGACUGUCCUCUGUGACAUCAUCCUGCUCAACUUCCUCAAGGGCGCUGACCAGUACAAAGCCAAGAAGUUUGAGGAGGUGAACGAGACCACGCUGAAGAUCACAGCCUCGGCCAACCCGGUGUACCCCAGUGACCAGACCACGGAGGAGAAGCAGUCCACAGACUCGGGGGCCUACUCCAUUGGCCACUAAGUCCUCUUCCCUGGGCCCCACCCUCACCCUUGGGCUCCAGGCCUCCCCACCUGAGCGGGGGUGGUAUGGGAGGGAGAGGGGCUCUCCUUUUUGCUGCUCACCCGACGAGGCCACCCACAAAGUGUCUGACCCCACCAAUCCUCUACAGACAGGUCGUGCUCCCUGCCAAGACCCCAGUCUCACCCGCACCCCAUUGCCUCACCCCUGUCUGCCUCCCAGGACCCUCAGGGCAGUGGUACCUAGUUGCCCCCCCUUCCACAGAGUAGAGAUAAUAAUAGUAAUAACUAGCGGCCACAAGGCCUACCGGGUGCCAGGCACUUUCACACCCAUUAUCUCCUUUAAUCCUGAGAACAGUGCUAUGAGGUAGAGAUUUGUUUCCCUAGUUUGAAGAUAAACUGAGGCUCAGAGAGACUGAGUCACUUGCCCCAGGCCACACAGCCAGGAAUUGAGUGAGCUGGGAUUUGAACCCAGGUCUGAUUAACUCCAUCACCCACACCCCACAAGGAGAGAACAAACGCCCAGGGGGUGUCGGCACUGCUGCUUCAGGCUCCUCUGCUUUGACCAGGAUUGGGGUCGGCUUCGUAAAGUAAGCCCCAGCCCAUCCCCAGGAAUGCGGCAGGUCCCAUUUUAGGGGCAACCAGCCAGACCCCAGUGCAGGGCCUCUUUCUCAGACUAGAGUGGGUCCCCAAUUCAGAAGGAAACAGGAGGCGUAACUGUCAGUGAAUUUUUCCUUCCCUCAGCCCAAGCCAGAGCAGGGCCCAUUCUUGCUUUCUCUGGGACCCCCACGUGCCCACACACAUCUGGGCCCCUCACUGCACAGCUGUGUAGGACACCCCCCCCCCCCCCCGCACAGAGUGGGAUGGGAUUCCCGGACCUGGGAACACGGUGAUGAAAAGGUCCAGUAAGACCCAACACCCUGCACCCUGCCAGCAGGAGUUCAGCAGGGCUUUCCCUGCGGGGCCCUAAUGAGAUGGUCGGUCUUCUAAUGUCAGAAACUAAAAGGGUUUUAGGAA